CUGCCAUGACCAAAAAAGCACAUACUUGCAAGUUUCUUAAACCUAACAUCCACAUAAAUCUUCCCCCAUUGGUGGAUCACUUUGGAUCAUCCAAGUUCCUCUUGAAAUGGAUACACCUGAAGAAAAUGAAGCCAGAAGAACAAAGUGUUGGUACAGGAAUUAGAGGGGCUUCUAUAUUAGACCUUAUUUUUAGAGUUCUUGCAGUUUUUGGGACAUUAGGGAGUGCCUUGGCCAUGGCGACAACUGAUCAGACACUUCCCUUCUCCACACAAGCUGUGCUGUUCCAGGCGCAAUACGACGACAUCCCGACUUUCAGGUUCUUUGUUAUUACGAACGGCGUAGUUUGUGGGUACCUCGCGCUUUCACUACCUCUGUCCAUUUAUCAUGUCGUUAGGACACGAGCUGCGAGAAGUCGGGUGAUUCUAACUUUCUUGGACGCUGUCAUGAUCGGCGUACUCGCAGCCGGAGCAUCGGCUGCUACGGCGAUCGUAUAUCUAGCGCAUAAAGGGAAUGCUUCGGCAAAUUGGCUCGCCAUAUGUCGACAAUACCAAACCUUCUGCGAGCGCAUCAGGGUUUCGUUAAUUGGAUCUUUUGCCGCGGUUCUCUUCCUCGUUCUGUCGAUCCCUUUGUCGAGCUUUGCUUUAUACAGACAACGCGUUGGAUGAUCGAUCCGACGAGUCGUUGUCGGGAAUCAAAAUCAACAAGCGUAUUCGAAAAAAAAUUCAACCUUUAGCAUAUGAAUGUAACAAAUUGAAUGUCGAACUA